CAUCUUCAACAGAAGAAUUUGUUAAUUCUUAACUCCUGGGAGGUUGGUCCGAAAGCCAAGUCCAAGGGAAGGAUUUUAUGUUAAUCAGAAAUACUUUCAGAAGAUUCCAGAAGCGGUAAGGGUGACACCAAUCUGCGAAGGGCCGGCAUGGGGAUCCUAUACUCUGAGCCCAUCUGCCAGGCGGCCUACCAGAACGACUUGGGUCAAGUGUGGCGAUGGGUGAGAGAAGACAGCGCUUGCAUCAAUGUGCGAGAUGACUUCAAUGGAGACACUCCCCUGAUCUGUGCCUGUAGGCGAGGACACCUAAGAAUUGUUUCCUUCCUUUUAAAAAGAAAUGCGGAUGUGAACCUCAAAAACCGGAAAGAGAGAAACUGCUUGCAUUACGCUGUGAAGAAAAAAUUUACCUUCUUUGAUUACCUGCUCAUCAUCCUCUUAAUGCCCGUUCUGCUUAUCGGGUAUUUCCUCAUGGUGUCAAAGACCAAGCAGAAUGAGGCUCUUGUCCGAAUGUUGCUCAAUGCCAGGGUAGACGUGAACGCCACAGACUGUUAUGGCUACACAGCCCUGCAUUAUGCCUGUCAGAUGAAAAACCAGACCCUUAUCCCUCUACUACUGGAAGCUCGUGCUGACCCCAUGAUCAAGAACAAGCGUGGCGAGAGUUCCCUGGAUAUUGCACGGAGAUUAAAGUUUUCCCAGAUUGAAUUAAUGCUAAGGAAAGUAUCCUAAUCCUUGUGGCCUCACAUGGAGAAGUAGAAAAAGUUAAAGGACUGAAUUCUAUCUCCAUUUUGGACAAGUGGUCUGUGGACUGUUGAACCCGGACGCUGUGAUUUUUUUGGUUACCAUGGGUAACCGUAACAGUCGUUGCCACGGUUAACGUUUUGGAAGAGCUUUGUAUUUAGAAUUUUCUUUUGCCCCGUGGAGUUCACUAUGGUCACCAUACUUCUAGGAGAAACACUAAAACUCUUGGAGUCUCCAUUUGGGUCCAAAAAAAAAA